GCGGAGGGGCCAGAGCCGUGCGCGGUGCAGAGGGCGCCGCCGAGACAGCCCGCGGGAGCCCGGACCCGGAGGAUCCCCUCGUCCUCGCCCGGCCGGGCCAGGCCCAGCGCUAUGGAGUUCCUCUGGGCCCCGCUCUUGGGUCUGUGCUGCAGUCUGGCCGCUGCUGACCGCCACACCGUCUUCUGGAACAGUUCAAACCCCAAGUUCCGGAGUGAGGGCUACACGGUCCACGUGCAGCUAAAUGACUACCUGGACAUCAUCUGCCCGCAUUACGAGGACCACACGGUGGCCGAGGCUGCCAUGGAGCAGUACACCCUCUACCUGGUGGAGCUCGAGCAGUACCGGCUGUGCCAGCCCCUGUCCAAAGACCAGGUCCGCUGGCAGUGCGACCAGCCCAGUGCCAGGCACGGCCCAGAAAAGCUGUCGGAGAAAUUCCAGCGCUUCACGCCCUUCACGCUGGGCAAGGAGUUCAAGGAGGGACACAGCUACUACUAUAUCUCCAAACCCAUCCACCUCCAGGAAGACCAGUGCUUGAGGCUGAAGGUGACCGUCAAUGGCAAAAUCACUCACAGUCCUCAGGCCCACGUCAACCCCCAGGAGAAGAGACUUCUGGCAGAUGAUCCAGAUGCACAGGUUCUCCACAGCAUCGGUCACAGUGCUGCCCCCCGCCUCUUCCCACUGGCCUGGGCUGUGCUGCUUCUGCCACUGCUGCUGCUGCAGGCCCCGUGAGAGGGUGUGCCACAUCUGACCUGAUGAUCGAACGGGGCUAGGAGGCAGGACAGAGGCGUCCCUCACCUGUCCUGGGAACCGUUCCCGCCACAAGCACAAGCUGCCACUCAGCAGCCUCAAAAUGGGUAUUAAGGGUUUGACCCAAAGGAGCUCAUCAAAGCUGCCAGUGCCUUCCCUGGCUCCACCCCCAGGGACAGACAAAGAAGUGGGGACAGUCCUUUCCCCACCAUUCCUGACCUCAAGCCAAAGAAACGAGCCAUGCGGACAUGGCCUCUUAAGAAGAGCACUGUAGGGGCCGAGCUGGAAGGGGCCUGGGGCCACGAAGGCGGACACUGAACUUGGCAGAGAUGCCCCUCCAGAGAGAGCCGGGAUGCCCAGAUGAACUGACCGACAGAAAAGCACAAGACGGUUCCAUGCUUGGGAGCCAGAGAGCAGAGAGGCAGCGUGCUUGGGCUGACCCAGCGUCUCUCCCGAGGCUUCAGGAAGUCUUUGGAGCUGCCAUGGAGAGGUCUGUAACCAGGCACUGCAUCCAGUCCCAGCUGGGGGCAGCACUGCCCAGAGCGGUGCCCGCAGGGGGGCUGUGCCACCCCAUGCCUAGAGUGUAGCUGCAAGGGCAGGGCCCACGCGUACAGGAUCUGUACAUAAACUUAAUAUGUGUCUGUGAUUUCUACAACUGGAGUUUUUUUAUACAGAAAAAUAAAGCAA